ACGCCUGCGAUCAAACAUAACCAUUCAGCCGCUCGAAACAGACGGUUUCAACAAACAUUAUAGACUAACUUAGUCUCUGUUUGUUUAUUACUUAAUAUCAAAUACCAAAUAAAAUGUCGAAAAUCGUGCUACUACUUGUAUUGGUCGCCGUAGCAGUCCAAGGUUACCCUGUUGAUGACAUCGCGAGUGCAGCAGCUAGAGGUGACUGGGAUGCUGUACAUAAGCUACUCAGUCUGAGUUUCGACAACAAAAGUAUUUGGAAGCCUAUAUCAUCCGGUAGCGUUAAAAGCCUGAAACCUUUGGGAGGUGGCCACGUAUACGGGGAAUCUGAGUACACCUUCCACUCAUCGUCCAACGUCGGCGGACAAACCCAGGAACAGAGCGGAGGCCAUAAAGUCAUCAAUAAUGAUGGCAAAGUCUCAGAAUACGACUUCAAGCCUAAGAUCUAAUUUAUCAACGAUACAAAUAGGAAAUUUGAGUUAAUAAACACGCAAUAAUAAUGUUAAUGUUAAAAUAACAAUAUAUUAUUAUUAUAAAAAGAGCACUAUUAAAAAUUAAUAUUCAAGAAUAAACAAAUUGGGUGGUAGUAGAGCCUGUAGUUAUUCUUGAUCCUAAAUUUGGCUGUGUCAUGUGCAAUAGGGUUUGGAAUAAAAUAUUAUAAUUCUUUUGAAAUAUGGAUUAUAGGAAUUAUUUAAAAUUGUAUAUAAGAAUAUAUUUACAAACAUAUAUGCUACGUAAAUUAUUAAUUUUAUGCCUGAAAUUUGAUAUAAACUAUUUUGCAUUAUUGUAGUACAUACUUAGAACGCCGGAGUCUGUAUAACUGACUAUUCUGUUUGUCUUUAUGCAAAUCAAGGUAUAACUUAGUAAGAAAAACACUCAAGUUUCCUGACUAAAUAACAUAUCACUAUCAUACAUAUUAGAGGUAUAUCAUUAGUUGUGGAGCACUCGUAAUAAAAAGAGUAUAAUUGCAUCAUACCUAUAGAAAAAGAAAUUAGGUAGAACCGUUGUCAUGUACGAAAGUGAAAUAAAUUUACAUUCAAUCA